GAUCAGUUGUUAAAGGAUUUUGACAACUUACGUCUAGAAGUAAUUGUUCCACCAAUCCAAACUAGUGCUAGGAUAGCGGCUCUAACGAUUCGACCAACACUUCGAGAUCGAAUAAGAGCAGCACAGGAUGGUGACCCUUUCCUACAAAAGAUCAAAUCCGAAGAUCGACAAAAGAGUUAUGCCGAUAGAAGGAGAAAAGAUUUGUCAUUUAAUGUUGGUGACAAAGUUUUCUUAAAAGUGGCACCGAUGAAGGGAGUUCUGCGUUUUGGGAAGAAAGGAAAACUUCAACCAAGAUUCAUUGGUCCUUUUGAAAUUUUGCAGAAAGUUGGGAAUGCAGCUUAUCGAAUCGCUUUGCCACCAGAUUUGUCAGCGAUUCAUAAUGUGUUCCAUGUAUCCAUGCUUCGACAAUAUGUAUCAGACCCAAGUCACGUGGUUAAUUAUCAACCAUUGGAUAUCAAAUCAAACAUGACAUACGAGGAAAAACCUGUAUCGAUAUUGGAUCGCAGAAUCCAGCGAUUAAGAACAAAGGAAAUUCCGUUAGUAAGAGUCCAAUGGAGGAAUCAUAACGUUGAAGAAUCGACUUGGGAAAGAGAAGACGAAAUCAAGAUCAAAUAUCCAGAACUAUUCAACUGAGUUCAAGGUAAUUUCGAGGACGAAAUUUUUUUU